AAUCCCACCCCUACUGCUGCUGCUGCUGGUCAGAAAGGAAAUGCACUGUCAGGCAGGAGUGUGUGACAUUAUAGUUGUGGAUUAGCCUUUAAACUUCACUGUUCCUAUCGCUGCACUACAAUGCAUGCUGGUUAUCUGAAGCAGUGGUCUGGUCUAGUGGUCUGGAUUGUCUGUAAAGGAAGGUGGGAGUGUUCAUUCAUAAAGGUCAGCUGUCUUUUCAAGUGCCUCCCAGACAAGGGGUGUGAACAGACUGCUAUCUCUAACCCGGAAUUGUCGAAAAGGUGCAUUAGACCUCCUGCACUGCUGCUAACCGAGGGAUUAAUGUGGAUUUUGCAUCGACUCCAUUCAUAUAUUGCCUGGGUAAAAAUAGCUGCUUUCAUUUUGUUUGACAGCAAUUAAAUAAGAGAAUUGAUUUGGACUGAAUGCAUUACACAGAACUAGCAGCAUUUACAGCCCACCAUUAAAUACCAUGUCUUACACAGCGCAUCCUCAUAUAAUGGCUGGCAGCCAUAAAGAGAACGACGAAUUGGGUAUUCCUCGCAACUUAAGUUACAUUAAUAACCUUUACCAGACUGUACAAUUGGAUGAAGGAUUUGGAGGCCAAGGGUUAAUUAAAGACCUGCACAGAACGAGCCAGCCUCUUCGGACACAGAAUGCCAUGUGCAACAGCUGUGACCCAGAACUGCGCCCUAUUAUGCGCCGCAGAACCAAAUCUCUGCCUAGCUCUCCAGAGAGGAAAACUGCUACCAAAUGCCAGCCCCAGUGCCAUAAAGUUAGAUUUGCAGAUUCACUUGGUUUGGAUUUGGCUGAAGUAAAGGUUUUCAACUCUAGUGACAACCCAUCCAUCCCUCUUCAUGUUCUCUCCCGGCUCUCUAUCAAUUCAGACUUGUGCUGUAGCCAAGACCUGGAAGUUUCCAUCCAAUAUUUGGAGGCAGACUUCAAGCAGCCUGCAGACUGCGAUGACUUUUUGGACCGUCUACAGCAACACUGUGUUUGCUUGGAGCAAGUCACAACUUCGGAGGAGCUGGGGAUUUCUGGCACCAUUCGUGUGCUGAAUUUGGCCUUUGAGAAAUCUGUUUCAGUUAGGUAUUCAUUCACAGACUGGAAAACCCAUUACGAGGUGAGCACAGUUUGGCAAAACACUGAAGACACCAGUGUUCUUAAAUCGGAUAUAUUUGCCUUUGCUAUUCCGUUACCGCCCUUUCUCCAACAAAUCUGUCCCAUGGUACAGUUUGCCAUAAGGUACCAGGUAGCGGGUAAAGAUUACUGGGAUAAUAAUCAUGGGAGAAACUAUACAUUCAUAUCAAGGAGAUAUGCACUGAAAAUGCCAAAAGACAGCGAACACAGUUGGAUCCACUUUAUAUAAACUAUUUAUAGUCUGUAAGUUUCAAGAUUCUAUAAUUUUAUUGGAGAAAAUCAAAACUAUUUUCAGGUUUGUACACUGUUGCCAUAUGAGAACCACUAUAUGAAUCAAACACAAUCAAAUCUCAUAGCAGUGGAGUAAAUGAAUGUUUGUCAUAUUUGUUAUGGUUCUACACGAGUGCCAUAGAAAACAUUUUCAGUAAAUGGCUGUGAUAAAAUGGCUUUGUUUAGUUGCAUAUCAGACCCACAAGAGAAGCUGAAUGCUAAGUAUUUUAAUUAAAUACUCAAUGUAUGCUUAACAGUAGUGACAUUAAAAAAAAAAAAAAACUUUACUAAACCAAAAGGUUCAGUGGAUGUACUAUGUAAAAUAGGCCUCAUCCAAAGGUAAACUGUAGCUGACUACAUGAUGCAAGUGUUACAGAUCAAGUAAUAAAAUGGACCAGUCUCAUGCCCUUGACCUAUGAUAGCUUUCAUAAGGUCAUUACAUUAUCACUGUACUAUACAGUAUGUUCUCACUGUUAGAUGUAAAGUGUUAAAUCACACAGCAGAUGGUGUAAUCACAUUAAACUAUGCACAGUAUAAAACAUUAUAUAGUAAGUCUAAUCUGUAUCUAUUUUCAGUAAUAUUUUAGUACUUUUAUCAUAUGGCAUAAUGACAAAUUUUGUGUUAUAACAUUGCAAUGAAAUAUAAAUAUUACAGUAUGCACUUGUCUUGCACCAAAGAGCAUUGUUAAUGUGACAACAGAAAAUACUUUGCAUCUUAUGACACAUGUAGUACAACAACAACAACAACAACAACAAAAACAAAUAAAUCACCUGCUACCCAA